CGCUCCUCCCCUCACCUUCCUUUGCCUGGUUCCCUCCCCCCUCUGCCUCUCUUUCUGUAUCUCUCUGGCACUCGCAUCCAUCACUGCUGCCUCCCCCGUCGGCUCAGGGAUGCCGCUGUCUGCUAGCCUAGUAUGGGCCACUGCUGCUGUGGGCUCCAUUUCCUCCCUCUGUGCUUUCUGGACCAAACGAGCGAGAGUGCCAUUGUGAAGGAGAGGGAACUGUCCCUGGAGCUCGCCAGAAUCAGGGAUGAAGUGGCUUUCAGUGUUGCACACUGGGAGCAACUGCAGCGGGAGAAGGAGGAACUGGAGCGUCGCUUUGAGGCCGAGCUGCAGGGAUUGCGGGCUCAGCAGCAGCGGGAGCUGGGAGUGCUGGAGGAGCGGCUGAAGACGCAGCACGUGGCCGAGGCCAAGAGCCUGCAGGCCCAACUAGGAGCCGAGCUGGAGGAGCUUCGGGUCAGACAGAAAGAGCAGAUUGAAGAGAUGGGUGAGAACCAUGAGUCUUCCUUGAUGGAGAUGGAGACGGCUCACGACGACACACUGGCCACGCUGCAGGAGGAGCAUGCCCGGACCGUGAAGAAUCUCAAGAUGGCCCACGAGCAGCAGACCAAGUCUCUGGGAGAAGAAUUUGAAAAGAUCAGACUUUCACUGCAGGAUCAGGUGGACACGAUGACGUUUCAGAAUCGUAGCCUCAGAGAUCGAGCCAAGCGCUUUGAAGAAGCUCUGCGCAGGAGCACAGACGAGCAAAUUGUGGAUGCUUUGGCGCCAUACAAACACAUUGACGAGGACCUGAAAAGUCUGAAAGAAGUUCUGGAGAUGAAGAAUCAACAAAUUCACCAACAGGAACUAAAGAUCUCAGAACUAGAGAUAAUACAGGCUGAAAAGAAUGUGUACCUGGAGGAGAGAGUCCAAGUGUUACAGCAGCAAAACGAGGACCUGAAGGAGAGAAUAGACAAGAACCUGGUUGUGUCAAGGCAACUCUCCGAACAUAACGCCAACCUGCAGGUCAACGUGGAGAAGGAGAGCAACGAGAAGAAGCGGCUGAGUCGCAAUAACGAGGAACUGCUGUGGCGUCUUCAGACAGGCGAGCUGAGUCCUCGUAUGUCCCCCAGCUCCUCCCCCCUCCAUCGGCCCUCCUCCGGACCAGGUUCUCCAGCCCGCCCACACUCCUACCAUCAAUGACACUCUCACUGGAAGCUCUUGUAUCAAACGCUUCCUUUUAUCUGGCAUCCCUGAUGUAUUUUUUAAACUCUUUGCUGAAUGUCCCUUGUGUUUUACACCAUGCAGAUGGACAGACACAUUUCUUGGCACAUGCAGCUCACCAAUGCCAUGCAUUUCCAAUGUCAACCCCUCUGACCUAAUGAAUUGUAUUUCUGCCAGACGCUUCCUCUACUCCACCGGAACGCCACACAAAACAGACAGUGGAUGAAAGACCUGCUCAUUGUAGACUUCAGAGAGCAGGAGCGGAGUCCCGGUGCCUCAUUUUCAUUUGUAUGCUUCACAUCUCCGCCACUUUCUAAUGCAGCGCGAAGGAUGAGAGGCAUAGCGAACAUCCAAAGUGCAGCAACGAACACAAGAAGCGCCUUUGCCGCCCAUUCUCUCUCACCAGCAACGUCUAUGAAGGCAAGAGCUUGAUCAACACCCCCUAACUACCGACAGCAAGUUACUCUCAACAGGUGUGGGGUUAUCUCCGGGGUAUGCUCAUCUUUUAAUGCUGAAAUACUUCAUAUAUCAGGAGUGUAUGAAUGACCAGCCAUAUAACCUCGAUCUCCCAUCCUACGUUUUCCUGAAGCAACUAAAUAUCAGUGUUGACAUGAAAUGUAUGGUUACAAGAACAUGAAUUAUAAAUCCAUCGACUGCCAACACAGCAUAAUAUCAAUAUCAACAGUAUUGAUCAUUUUGUAAAAACUGUACAUGUAUUGCUCUCUUUAAUAACGCAUGUUCUGUCUUCCAGUGAAAUGAAAUUCAUUUUAAGAUGACCUACAGUGUGACCAUGUGGAACAUAAGUUGCCUCCUAUUUCUAACACAACCAGGAUGUAUUCAAGUGAUACCAAUAAAUUGUUCAUUAUUAUUAUUAUUAGUAGUAGUAGUAGUAAGUAUUAAACAUUGCUGAUAAAAUAAAAUGAUGUCAAUCAGGAUAUAAAACAUAAACACUGCAUUUCAUUCUGUACUGAAGCUGUCAUCUUUCUGAAGUUAAGCAAUUCAUAAUCUGCCCUUCAUGGUGCAGACACUGCAGUCCAAAUAUCUUGACCUGUCCAUAUGUAAAUCCAACAUGUGGUCAUUAUGUUGCAUUUGCUCUUUUUUUAAAUGUACCUUAUCAUCGCUCUGGCAGCUGACUCCAAUUCUUGAUGUUUGCUGCUUGUUUUCUGUGUGUUUGGAGAUGCACCACAUGGAAUCUCUCAUGAGCAAAUGUGAUGGACGAAUCCGAAUGACUUUUGGCAAAAUUCCUGUUGAAAGCGUCGAUCCAAUAUUUGAUAGAGUUGGAAAUGAUUGAAAUUAGAAAAUCCUAAAAAUGCGUGAGCUGUUACCUCAUUUGUCAUUGUAGAGAAUAAUCUCAGGUCUCAAGGAGAUGAAAAAGCAACUGCCCAAUGUUUUUUUUAUUUUGUUGUUCUUCAUUUUAUUUGUAUUGAAGUUUUGUUCAUGUUUACUUUACCACUCUGUUUUGCAAUAUGUCCUUCGUAUAACAUGAUUUGGAUAUACAGAAUAUGUAUGACUAUUAUAAAGAGCAUAGUGCAGUCGGCACAUAUAUCCAAAUAAUCAUAAUAAUAUUAUAUAAUGAUCAGCUCCCCCAGAUACAUGAAAUGUGGAAAUCUGCUCAAACAAGGAUUUGGUUAUAGUUGAGUUGCAGUUACUGUUCGGACGUGAAUUGAUUAUGUUUGACAUGGUGAGCUUUGAUGUGGGUGGAAAUAAUGGUAUUUCUCUCCAUCCGGUACUCCGGUUGCACUGAUUGCCUCUGUGUCCUGUGGACAUUACCUUGUUCUACUUUACUGAAUGUUUGUUUGACAGUACUAGAAUAAGAGGGAUCUGUUUACAGUUUACAUCCAAUGUCAAAGUCGGUUCAUCUGUUGGCCGUUUACGGGACUUCUGUUCUAUCAUGUAAAGAUUGUAUUUUAAGACGUUAUUCUAUGGAUAAGGUUUUAUGAAAGCAUGCCUUGUCAUUUAUUUAUUUUUUAACUUUUCUUGUGUAUUUUAUCGAUAUAUUUAUUUAUGUUUCCUUCUCCAGAACCACAACUGUAGGUUAGCUGGUUAAAAUAGUGUGGUCAGUGAUAAGACACUAAUGUCCAAACUGUAUAUGUUGCACUUUGUAUUUAAGUAUUAAAUCACAAUCGAAAAAUAAUUAUACAAAAAGUAA